AUGCGAUUACUCGUCGUGAUUGCCCUUUUGGGCGCUGCGGUGGCGAAGGAGAGUGACUGGCAGCCGAUCCUGCCGGAUACUUCGGUGAUGUUUUCAACGUAUCACACGCCCGAAAGGUCUUUAGAUACUAGUCCACAACUCAAGAUAUUGAACAGAAGACCAGUUCAUCCACAAUUCGGAUCUGGUAACAAAGUCAGCCUCUUCAACCCUGCCAGCCAAAUGUCUGAUACCUGCAGCAUCCACAAGGUUUCCAUGAACCAGGAGCUCUUCUUCCAAUACAUGGAAUACGAGAAAGAAAUACCUGACCUCAAGGAGUUUACUCUUUGCAUGUGGACCAAGUUUCACAAUCACUCUGGAGAUCAUCCUCUGUUCUCUUAUGCUGUCGGAGAAAACCCUAGGGAAAUAUCAGCCUGGAUAUCAAACACUGAGGAGGCGAGUUAUUUCAGCAUGGCUGUCCAUGGACAGACGUUCUUCAGGCUGAAUUAUCCCCUAAAGCUGAACAUAUGGUAUCACUCCUGUCAGUCAUGGAACGGAAAAACUGGCGAGUGGCAAAUUUGGGUGAACGCUGAACGCGUCGGCAGAGGAUUCAACAACAGACUCGUCGGUCACAUCAUAAAGGGAGGCGGUUUGGCAAUCUCUGGCCAGGACCAGACACUGCUCUACAAGAAAGAUAAUAUCGAACCAGUUGCAAGACAAUCCGGUUUCAUGGGUGAAAUUACAAUGCUCCAGUUGUACCAUGUUGCUUUAACGGCUGGCAAGGCUCACAAGGACCACAAACAUCACCACGUACAUCACUUCAAGCACGACGGAACUCCUAUUGAGUCUUCAACUGAGCCAGCGACUGAACCCCCACCACCACAAGCUACUCCCCUCGGAAAUGGAAACUUCUUGAUCGGUGGCCAGCUGCAAAGAGCACCUUCCUUGAACUUGGCAGGAGCUCAACAAAUGGUCCCUGUGCAGCUUCCUAACGGCCUUCAACUUCAGCAAGAGUAUAUCAACGGACAACUGUCAAACAAGCUCGUCUCGGAACAGCUAUUGAACAGCGUUCAGCCUGUACCUAAUCAAUUGGGUGCUGGAGCUCCAAUUCCUCUGUCAUCUCUUGGUCAGCUUGGACAGAGUCAAGGCUUCCCUAGGUCACCCAUUGGCCCAUCUAAGGGUACGACUGUGGUAUUAUCUGGUUCUCUGUUGAACCCUGCCAAUGUGAAAUACAUUGAUGACACAGUCUCCCACAAUUUGUUCAAGAGGAAUUCUAAGCGAGACAAGAGAGACAACCCUGAGAAGGAAUUGAAGGAAGAACGUGCUUCAGGAAAGAAAGACAAAAGAGGUUUAGUAGCAUUGUCCGAUGGGUCAAUUGUUGACGAGGCUUUGUUGAGCACGGACCUCAUUGAUGACAACAAGGAGGAUGAAGCCCUGUUCCAACAGUCCCUGCUGAAUGGACUCGCCGGGUUCGUCGGAAACCUACCCGUGCAGAAUUUGCAAAAAGAAACUGUCGAUGAGAGAGAACCUGCUGAAGCUGAGGUAAAGGCAGUGAUGCAGGUCUGCAGCGGUUGUGCCCCUGAACCCUUCAAGAAGGCCCUUGUCAUUUCCUGGAGGUCGACCCCGAAGAAACUCUACAGCGGCGCCCAUUACUACAAAGGUUUACCCAUCUGCCGAGCCUUCUAG